AACAUGCUCAUCAAGUUCAUUCUGAGGAAUCAUGUCGGUGAGAUUGUUUGAAGAAAGCGACCAUGCUUCAGCUUACCUGCGGUACAGAAUGACACCUGAGGAAAUGGUCACAAGGGUUAUGGACUUCAUGAAACCAAAGGUUGAAAAGAAGUUCAACCUCGCAGUGGAUGUUGGAUGCGGUUGCGGUCAAGGGACCGUACUCUUGGCCCCCUUCUUUGACCAGGUUGUUGGGACAGACAUUAGUCCUGCACAGCUGCACGUGGCUCAGGCUAAUAGUGCGUGGCCAAAUGUGACGUACAGGCAGUGUCCUGCAGAGGAACUACCGUUCCAGUCGAACCAGGUGGACCUCCUGGUGGCCAUGACGGCGGCCCACUGGUUUGACCGACAGCGCUUCCCGAAGGAGGUCGACCGUGUGCUGAAGCCCGGUGGCUGCCUGGCCCUGCUAAGCUAUGCCACAAAUGACAUGGAGCUGGAAUAUGGCGAAGCCACAAGUGCGCUUAACAACAUCUGUGAAGAGGUGAUCUUUUGA